AUGGCAACCACCGCGCCUGAUGCAACGUUAUCGGUGCCAUUGUCAUCCCCGUCAUCGUCGAUCAGUCAAAAGACUCCAUCCUCGUACGAAGAAUCCGUAAACUUCGAACCCUCGUCCUUUGUGGCGACCCUGGAGGACCCAAAACUCCGCGACACUCUAGAGGUCAAGCCUGAAACGAUCCCGGAGCCCCUCAGCCGGCCGUCCUUUUCUGGCUCGUUCAGGAGCUUCAAUGCCAACGCCCGCCCGUCGUCAGCUUGGUCGCGCAUCACCUCUUCUGCCUUUUCAUCCAGGGAACGUCGCGCGACUGUCUCCGCCGAGAAACGAUCGCUAAGCCUUGCAAGAGGAAAUCGUACAAACGGUGACGGUGAAAUACCUAGCAUUGUCGUGGACGAAGCUCCAAAUAGACCCAGUUCAAGAAGAUCUUUGUCAGAGAGGAAAUGGAGCUCUGUACGCGGGACUAGAGGUGAGGUAGCGUUAGGAAACCGAUCUGGCAUCUCCAGCUCGAACAUACCGCCUGUCCCGCCUAUUCCACCGUUCCAAGGCAUCACGAUGGAUAUUCCUGGCUCGUCACUGGGGGAUAUCACGACCUCGACAAUCGAUGAGACCGACGUAUGGAGUCCGUCAACGGCGGCCAACUCAAAGUUGCUCAGUGCGGACGGAGCCCAUACAAAUUCGCCAAGCAGGAAAGCGAGCUCGUCCACGAUGCGAAAUUUUAGCACUCGCCGUAUUCGGUCAGCAAAUUCGCUGAGGAGUGCGAGGACCGGAGCUGGGAGUGUGGUCCGUACUCUGUCCGUGGAUGAGGAGAUGCUGUCAAGAAAAGUGAGGUUGAUGUAUGAGAAGGGAGAGGAUGUGGUUAGCGAGGCGGAAUUGAACCAGGCGCUGGAUGAGGAUGAGAGUAUGCUUAUGGACCAAGAAGCAGAGGGGAGUGAAAGCACAGAUAAUGCAAACUCAACGGCCCCAGCAAGCGAGAGAUCCGAAACCGGGUCCUCAGCGACAAUCAGCCCGACCAGGAGGCGGAAUACGGUGGCAAGAGAGAGCACUGAGCUUGCUGGCGGCGUGGAAGACUGGAACGAUAUAGAGAAUGGUUACGUUGAUAGGUACGGGUUUAUCAUCCCGCAUCCUGAAGAAGGCGAACCAGAUACAAACGGGCCCCAGCCGCUGCAGAGGGUCUCAACUAGCUUGAUGCUUGCAUCUGCCACACCUAGACGGAAAAGAACGACGGCCAAACGCCCACCAUCAACCACUGGAGCGAGCAUUCGUUCCUUUGCAGGCCGCUCCUCGUCGCAAAGGACGGCCGAUCAGCCAAUUCGUCCAACUUCCUCUCAGAGCUCGUACCAGCCUAACCUCUCCCGAACCACCAGCAGUCUACGCUAUGCAGCUAAUAAGCUCCCUCACAACCGCUCUCGCAAACUGCUAGACGAAGCAGGUGACAUGUUAACCAGCCCCACGCAGAAGACCAACAGCUUCAGCUUCUCUGAAGACGAUACGGCAUAUUCCAAAGCCAUGAAGAAGAAAGAAUGGGAACGUGAAGACAAAUGGCGCAAGAUGGCAAAACUCACCUCCAAGACCAAGGACGGAUCAGGAAUGACCUUCGAGUUUGAUGUUUCUAGCACCAAGGUCAUCGAACGUACCUGGAAAGGAAUCCCAGACAGCUGGCGCGCAACGGCCUGGCACGCCUUUCUAGCAGCCAGUGCAAAGAAACGUCCCGAUAGCCCCACGGAGGCAGAGCUCAUUAAAAAGUUCAACGAAUUGCAAAUAUACCCUUCCCCGGAUGACGUGCAGAUUGAUAUCGAUGUACCUCGUACCAUCAACAGCCACAUCAUGUUCAGGCGCCGGUAUCGUGGAGGCCAACGGCUCCUCUUCCGUGUCCUACACGCCAUGUCCCUCUAUUUCCCGGAGACAGGAUAUGUCCAAGGUAUGGCUGCGCUAGCUGCUACUUUGCUAGCUUAUUACGAUGAAGAGAAUGCAUUCGUCAUGCUUGUCCGCCUCUGGCAGUUCAGAGGCCUUGAUCGGCUCUAUCGUGAGGGCUUUGCAGGUCUCAUGGAGGCGCUAAAUAGUUUCGAGAAGGAUUGGCUGGGCAGUGGAGAGGUUGCGGAGAAGUUGACCGAACUCGGAAUUCCUCCAACCGCCUAUGGAACACGCUGGUACCUGACGCUAUUCAAUUACUCAAUCCCAUUUGCCGCACAGCUUCGUGUGUGGGACGUAUUCAUGCUCCUAGGCGAUUCCGGGGAAUUUAUCCAUCCCUCAGAAUCAGCCAAUACCAACGGCAACGGGAACGCUAACGUUAACGGAAAUGCCAACUGUAACAGCAACGGUCACACAAACGAUGCCGUUUCUGGGCCCGCACAUCCUGUGGCCAACCCGUUUGGUAAAAGCCUUGACAUCCUGCAUGCUACCUCUGCAGCCUUGAUCGAUGGGAUGCGAGAUAUCAUUCUCGAAUCUGACUUUGAAAACGCAAUGAAAGUUCUCACGAGCUGGGUGCCGAUAAAUGAUAUCGAGCUGUUCAUGAGGGUUGCCAGGACAGAGUGGAAAGUUCAUUGCCGGAAGAAGGGGCAUUGA